CCCAAUCCAGAAGAAGAAGAAGAACUCUGCCUAGCGUCCUAGCGGUCGCCAAAAUAGUCUAGUGGGGGACGAUUUCCAGUCUCCCUGACCGCGCAUAGUUGAUGCAUCUGGCGAGGGACAGUUGCCGUUUUACCUUUGUAUUUGGACAGAGACUAAUAUUAUUAGCCAGAUGUAUCCACAGUGAGCGAGGAAGAGGGUGGAGGAGGAUCUGACUGGUCGUAUUGUUGUGUGGGUAAGCAUGCAAAGAGACAUACGUUAGUUAAGUAUAGUAUAGCAGACGUUGCUAGCUCUACAAGAAGAGCUAACGAUAGUUAGCUAGCUAUGCAGCUACUGUAGCUAGCUAAGGGUUUUGUUGUUAGCAUAGCUAGUUCUAGUUAGAGCUAAUUGAUUCACAUUUAGCUAUUAUGCUGACGUCCGGCGAUAAAUAACGUAAGUUAGCGAGCUUAAAACAAAAUGGACCUGGCUUGGGUACCUAACAGAACGUAACAAGUUGGAUAGCUAGCUAUCAAAUAGAAUGCUAGUAUUGAAUGUCGUUUCUUUGGCCGUAUGCAUCUAGCUACAGUCAGAUAUUGGCCUUGUUCUCAUUGGACCCAAACAAAGCAUCUGCUCUUCCUUGAUUGAUCUUGGGAUAUAUGCACUGGACUCAGUCAAAUGUGGCUAGCAUAACUAGAGCUUGGACGGGAUUGCUCUUCUAUCCCUAGGUUGAGCUGACUACCUCUGCAGUGGAAGUAAAAGAUGUGCAAUGGAAUGUUAGAGUCCAUGUCAAAAGCCCCUGGGCUGCCCACCUCAGCUGACAAGCGGUCACUUUCUCUGUUGCUCUUCCUGACUGUGCUAUCCACUGGACAAGGGUCAGGUAAGAGAUCGCUCAUCUUCAGCAAAAGCCUCCCUCACACAGCUUCAUUCCUCCAUUCCAUACACUACUUCUGCUUUUAUGCUGCUAAGAUUCAGCUCCUCUCUUUCAGUCUAAUAAUGCCAGAUGUACAUUGCUCUAUGUGGUAAAUUAUAACAUCGGAAUUGGGUUUAUUUGAGCAAACAGCUGGCGCACAUCUGCCACAUGUAAUAUGAGUUACACUCAAUAUUAAGGUGUCAAGUCCCCACAUCCUCUCCCUCUCAUAGCUGAUUAGUAAAAUAUGCUGGAUGUGGAUGGGGGCGUUAGGCUGUUGCUAGAGAUCCUUCUCUCUCGCUUAGCGCCAACUCAGCUCCCACUGCCUUCGUGACUCAUUUAUAUUAUAUAAGCAUAAAAAAAAACACUCACAUAGAAAUACCUUUAACAACAGUGUUUUAAAACCAUACAAUAGAGCAUUAAUAAACAUCAGAAUGUGCUAGCAUCAAUUAUAUGACCUUUUGUCCCUCCUCAGGAUGUGUGAGGCCGUUCAUGGUGCAGAACAGCUGGGUCAACCUGACAGAGACCAACAGGGGUUCCUUCCCUGUGGGCACAGUGCUCCAGUACAGCUGUGACCCAGGCUACCUAGCUGAUGGGCCCAGCAUAAUCACCUGCACCCCUCUUGGCCUCUGGACCUCAGACCCACCCCGCUGCAUACGGAGUGACGGUGAGUGGCUCUCUCCACAAUGUGGCCACCAGUAUGACUCAUUGUGAAGAGUAUAAUUUCUCUCCAGUUGAACAACAUAAAGUUGAAACCAAAAUGUAGAUAAUGCAGGAUUAUAACUAUAACAUGAUGAUUGUGUUGUUUCUGACCAGCAGUGUGCCGGCCUCCGUCUGAGCCUGAGAAUGGAGGGUACACCUGCCACCCCUCUCCCUGCCACCGGCUAGGCCAGGGUACUGUGAUCGAGUACUUCUGUGAUGAAGGCUACAUGCUGAAGGGAGAAUACAAAUACAAAUAUCUUACCUGUCAGGAAGGGGAGUGGGACGGCCCCAUGCAGAUUAGCUGUGUCAACCAAGGAUGUGUGAGGCCGUUCAUGGUCCAGCAUGGGUCAGUCAACCUGACAGAGACCAACAGAGGUUCCUUCCCUGUGGGCACGGUGCUCCAGUACAGCUGUGACCCAGGCUUCCUGGAAGACGGGCCCAACAUCAUCACCUGCACCCCCCUGGGCUGCUGGUCCUCAGACCCACCCCGCUGCAUACACAGUGAUGGUACUAAUGGCUUUACUAAAUACUCUGAAUUCAUUCCACACACUGUAACAUAUUUUUAAGUCUAAAAUGUGGUUUGUGAGCUCACUGAUAAUGGUUCUCUUGUUUCUUGUCAACAGUGUGUUUGCCUCCAUUUGAGCCAGAGAAUGGGGGCUACACCUGCCACCCGUCCCCCUGCCAUAGACUAAGCCAUCGCACCGUGAUCGAGUACUUCUGUGAUGAAGGCUACAUCCUGAAGGGAGACUAUAAAUACCUGACCUGUCAGGACGGGGAGUGGGACGGCCCCAUGCAGAUUAGCUGUCUCCUGGACCAAGGUUGGUGACCAUAUUGUGAUUACACUGUCUUAUUCUCCACAGAGUUCAGUGUUAGGUAGCUUGAACUAUUUGUUUUAUUGUUGUAUCAACCUGCAAGAUGAAAUUAUACUAUUCUACUUUUUGAAGCCUCAAGCAGGACUGUCUAGGUCCUUUAAUGGACAGUGUUUGAGUGUGGGCUCAUUGCCUGCUUCCCCUCUUCCAGACAGAGACCCUGCCCCCGUGUUGGGCAUACCCACCCUGUCCAUCGUGGCCUCCACUGCCAGCUCUGUAGCCCUCAUCCUGCUUAUGGUGGUCCUGUUUGUCCUGCUGCAGCCUAAACUCAAGUCCUUCAACCACAGCCGGUGAGUGGCCUGAAACCACAGACAUGCUUAUUCAGUAUCAACUGUGGUAGGCUAAUCCCACUAAAGCUGUGUGUGUACUCCAGGGGUGUGCAUGUCUCUCAUAAAGCUGUUCAAGCAGGCAGAAAUAGAGCUCAUAUGAUGCAAAACUUCUAAUUCCGGCUGUAUUCAUGUCUGCUUGAACAGCGAAUAGCUGAGAUACACAUGAAAACAUGAUAUGACCCCAGGAAUCGAUAGAACAUCGCUCAGAAAUGUACAAAUACGAUAUAACUUUCAAAAUGGGUGAAUCUUUCCUUUAAGAGUCUAAAGUAAUGAGGCAUUAACAGACUGUUCCACUCCUCUGUGGUCCCCCUCACAGCCGUGAGCAGGGAGUGUCAGGCCAGCCCGUGUCCAUCAUGGUGGAGGGGGUACAGGUGGCCCUGCCCUCCUAUGAGGAGGCGGUGUGUGGCGAAGGGGCUCUGAGUCUCAGCUCUGAAUCCCGGGUCCAGAUAGUGCUGUCAGAGGGCCAGCAAGCUGCAGGGACGACAGAGCCUCUCAUUGCCCAGGCCAGGCCUUCCACCCUCCCCCAGCUCUCAGAGAUGGCAAUGGUUCACCCAGUACCACCAUCCUUCGCCUCUUCCUCCGCUCUCUCAUCCUCCUCCUGCUGGGGCCCUGAGCAGGCUGCUGCUGCAGCGCCUUCACCCUCACAGCGGAGGGACUCCACUUGCAGUGAGCAGCAUAGCCUGCCCUUCCUCGACUCUGAGAUGGACUACUCUGACGGUGGGCCUUCUAUCAAUAUGUCUCUCUAAACAGGCCUCUCUUCUUGCAUGUAUUGGUUGAUAAUGCCCAUAUAUGCAUACAGUGUAUUGAUGUCUCUUGUUUGGUCCUGCAGAUAUGCCUUUGUUAAAGGAGGCCUGA